UGGAUGACCGGUGUGUGGUCCAGCCAGAGGCAGGUGACCUUGCUAAUCCUCCAAAGAAGUUCCGAGACUGCCUUUUCAAGGUGUGUCCUAUGAACAGAUAUUCAGCCCAGAAGCAGUACUGGAAAGCCAAGCAAGCCAAACAAGGAAACCAUACUGAAGCAGCACUGCUGAAGAAACUUCAACAUGCAGCAGAACUGGAACAGAAGCAGAAUGAAAGUGAAAACAGAAAGCUGUUGGGCGAAAUUGUAAAAUACAGCAACGUCAUCCAGCUACUGCACAUAAAAAGCAACAAAUACCUCACAGUCAACAAGAGAUUGCCAGCUCUGCUGGAGAAGAAUGCUAUGCGGGUGUCCCUGGAUGCUGCAGGGAAUGAGGGCUCCUGGUUUUACAUCCAGCCAUUCUGGAAACUGAGGAGUGAAGGUGACAAUGUUGUGGUGGGAGAUAAAGUUGUUCUCAUGCCAGUCAAUGCAGGACAGCCUCUGCACGCCAGCAACAUUGAGCUUCUAGAUAACCCUGGCUGCAAAGAGGUAAAUGCUGUCAACUGUAACACAAGCUGGAAAAUAACUUUGUUCAUGAAAUUCAGUAGUUACCGAGAUGAUGUACUGAAAGGAGGAGAUGUUGUGAGGUUGUUUCAUGCAGAGCAAGAGAAGUUUCUGACCUGUGAUGAAUAUGAGAAGAAGCAACACAUUUUCCUCCGCACUACGUUACGUCAGUCUGCCACGUCUGCAACAAGUUCUAAAGCACUGUGGGAAAUAGAGGUUGUCCACCAUGACCCUUGCCGGGGAGGGGCAGGACAGUGGAACAGCUUGUUUAGAUUUAAGCAUUUGGCAACUGGAAACUACUUGGCUGCAGAGCAGAGAGACGGCGACCUUCCUGCUUCAAAGAAGAAACGCCAGGCAGGGGAGAAGAUUAUGUAUACUUUGGUCUCUGUGCCACAUGGAAAUGACAUUGCAUCUCUCUUUGAACUGGAUGCCACCACCCUUCAGAGAGCUGAUUGCCUGGUUCCAAGGAACUCCUAUGUCCGACUGAGGCACUUGUGCACCAACACUUGGGUCACCAGCACCAGCAUCCCCAUAGACACUGAGGAAGAGAGGCCUGUGAUGUUAAAGAUUGGGACGUGCCAAACCAAAGAGGACAAGGAAGCUUUUGCCAUUGUAUCGGUUCCUCUGUCUGAGGUCAGAGACUUGGACUUCGCCAACGACGCCAACAAGGUUUUAGCAUCAACUGUUAAAAAGCUGGAGAAUGGAACAAUAACCCAGAAUGAAAGGAGGUUUGUAACCAAGCUACUGGAAGAUCUCAUUUUCUUUGUUGCUGAUGUGCCCAAUAAUGGGCAAGAAGUUUUGGAUGUCAUUGUUACCAAGCCAAACAGGGAACGACAGAAAUUAAUGAGGGAGCAAAAUAUAUUGGCUCAGAUAUUUGGCAUCCUCAAAGCUCCUUUUAAGGACAAAGGUGAAGGAUCAAUGCUGAGACUUGAAGACCUGGGUGACCAGAGAUAUGCUCCCUACAAGUACAUGCUAAGGUUAUGCUACAGGGUUCUAAGACACUCCCAACAGGACUACAGGAAGAACCAGGAAUAUAUUGCUAAGAACUUCUGUGUCAUGCAGUCUCAGAUUGGUUAUGAUAUUCUGGCAGAAGACACCAUCACAGCUUUGUUGCACAACAACAGAAAACUGCUAGAGAAACACAUCACAGCUAAAGAAAUAGAGACCUUUGUGAAUUUACUCAGGAGAAAUCGAGAGCCCAGAUUCUUGGAUUAUCUGUCAGACCUGUGUGUAUCUAACACCACAGCAAUACCAGUAACUCAGGAACUCAUCUGCAAGUUUAUGCUGAGCCCAGGGAAUGCUGACAUUCUCAUCCAGACAAAGCUGGUUUCAACCCAAAUGGACAAUCCCUUGGAAUGCCCGGUCAUAUCAGAUGACAUUGAUGAAGAGGAAGUGUGGCUUUACUGGAUUGACAGCAACAAGGAGCCUCAUGGCAAAGCCAUCAGGCAUCUGGCUCAGGAGGCAAAGGAGGGCACAAAAGCUGAUUUGGAAGUUCUCACCUACUACAGGUACCAGCUGAACCUCUUUGCAAGAAUGUGCCUGGACCGCCAGUAUCUCGCCAUCAACCAGAUUUCUGCCCAGCUGUCAGUAGACUUGAUCCUCAGGUGCAUGUCUGAUGAAAGCCUCCCCUAUGACCUGCGGGCUUCCUUCUGCCGCCUGAUGCUGCACAUGCACGUGGACAGAGAUCCCCAGGAGUCCGUGGUGCCUGUCAAGUAUGCCAGACUGUGGACUGAAAUUCCUACCAAGAUCACCAUUCAUGAGUAUGAUUCCUUCACUGACUCUUCAAGGAAUGAAAUGAAGACAAAGUUUGCACUAACAAUGGAAUUUGUAGAAGAGUACUUGAAAGAAGUUGUAAAUCAACCCUUUCCAUUUGGAGACAAAGAGAAAAAUAAACUUACAUUUGAGGUGGUACAUCUGGCUCGAAACCUCAUAUACUUUGGCUUUUACAGUUUUAGUGAGCUUCUCAGACUGACCCGGACACUGCUGGCAAUUCUAGAUAUUGUUCAAGUUCCCAUUUCGUCAUACUUCGAAAGGCUGAGCAAGUUUCAGGAUGGAGGGAACAACGUCAUGAGGACCAUCCAUGGGGUAGGAGAGAUGAUGACCCAAAUGGUGCUGAGCAGAGGGUCUGUAUUUCCCAUCAGUACCCCUGACAUACAGCCAAGCAUUCACCCAAGCAAGCAAACCAGCACUGCAGACAGUGAAGAUGUGAUUGUAAUGGACACCAAAUUGAAAAUCAUUGAGAUUCUGCAGUUUAUUCUCAGUGUUAGACUGGACUACAGAAUAUCCUACAUGCUGUCUAUCUAUAAAAGAGAGUUUGGGGAAAACACUGAAAAUGUUGACUGCUCUACAUCAUCCCCACCUGACACACCAGGGACUGCCUCAGCAAUUGUUCCUGACAUAGAUGAAAUUGCAGCUCAGGCUGAAACCAUGUUUGCUGGCAGAAAGGAGAAGAAUGCAGUUCAGCUUGAUGAUGAAGGGGGCAGAACUUUUUUACGGGUCCUCAUUCACCUCAUUAUGCACGACUACCCUCCGCUGCUCUCAGGGGCUCUGCACCUGCUGUUCAAACACUUCAGCCAGAGAGCAGAAGUUCUGCAAGCAUUCAAACAGGUUCAGUUGCUGGUGUCCAAUCAAGAUGUGGAUAACUACAAGCAAAUCAAGGCUGAUCUUGACCAGCUACGUCUGACUGUAGAAAAAUCUGAAUUGUGGGUGGAGAAGAGCAGCAAUUAUGAGAGUGGAGAGGUGGGUGACAAUCAAACCAAAGGGGGAGAAGAGCCAAUGGAGGAAUCAAACAUUUUGAGCCCAAUACAGGAUGGGACCAAAAAACCCCAGAUAGACAGCAUUAAAAGCAAUAACUACAAUAUUGUUAAAGAGAUUUUGAUUCGACUCAGCAAACUUUGUGUUCAGAAUAAAAAAUGUCGGAAUCAACAGCAGCGUUUACUGAAAAAUAUGGGCGCCCACUUGGUAGUCUUGGACCUUCUGCAGAUCCCCUAUGAAAAGAGUGAUGAAAAGAUGAAUGAAGUUAUGAAUCUAGCCCACACUUUUCUUCAGAAUUUCUGUCGAGGAAAUCCUCAGAAUCAAGUUCUCCUCCACAAAAAUCUCAACUUGUUCUUAACUCCAGGGCUCCUGGAAGCUGAGACCAUGAGGCACAUCUUCAUGAAUAAUUACCUCCUGUGCAAUGAGAUCAGUGAGAGGGUGGUGCAGCACUUUGUGCACUGCAUCGAGACCCAUGGCCGGCACGUGGAGUACCUGCGGUUCCUGCAGACCAUCGUGAAAGCAGAUGGCAAAUAUGUGAAAAAGUGCCAGGACAUGGUAAUGACAGAGCUGAUAAAUGGUGGUGAGGACGUGCUGAUAUUCUACAACGACAGAGCCUCCUUCCCAGUGCUGCUCCAGAUGAUGUGCUCGGAGCGCGACCGCGCCGACGAGAGCGGGCCCUUGGCGUACCACAUCACCCUGGUGGAGCUGCUGGCUGCCUGCACAGAGGGCAAGAAUGUGUACACAGAGAUCAAGUGCAACUCACUGCUGCCCCUGGAUGAUAUUGUGAGGGUAGUGACCCAUGAUGACUGCAUUCCUGAGGUGAAAAUUGCCUAUGUUAAUUUUGUUAACCACUGUUAUGUGGACACUGAAGUGGAAAUGAAAGAAAUCUAUGCCAGUAACCAUAUCUGGAAACUUUUUGAGAACUUCCUUGUUGACAUGGCAAGGGUUUGUAACACAACCACGGAUCGUAAACACGCAGACACAUCUCUGGAGAAAUAUGUCACUGAGCCUGUCAUGAGCAUUGUGAGUGGCUUCUUCAAUUCACCCUUUUCAGAUAACAGCACCAGCCUCCAGACACACCAACCUGUUUUUAUUCAGCUGCUGCAGUCUGCUUUUAGAAUUUACAACUGUACCUGGCCAAACCCAACACAGAAAGCCUCAGUGGAGUCCUGUAUCAAGACUUUGGCUGAAGUGGCAAAGAACCGUGGGAUCGCGAUUCCGGUGGAUUUGGACAGCCAGGUGAACACCCUGUUCAUGAAGAGUCACUCCAACAUGGUGCAGAGGGCAGCCAUGGGGUGGAGGAUGUCAGCCCGCAGUGGACCUCGCUUCAAAGAAGCUCUUGGUGGGCCUGCCUGGGAUUACAGGAAUAUCAUAGAGAAACUCCAGGACGUGGUGUCCUCCCUGGAGCAGCAGUUCACACCCAUGAUGCAAGCUGAAUUCUCAGUGCUGGUUGAUGUGCUGCACAGCCCAGAGCUCCUGUUCCCUGAGGGCAGUGAUGCCAGAAUAAGAUGUGGUGCUUUCAUGUCCAAGUUGAUUAAUCACACAAAGAAGCUAAUGGAGAAAGAAGAAAAGCUCUGCAUUAAAAUCCUUCAAACUUUACGAGAAAUGCUUGACAAGAAAACCAACUUUGCAGAAGAGGGCAACACUUUAAGGAAAAUCCUCCUGCAUCGGUACUUUAAAGGGGAAUAUGGAAGUGGUAUGAAUGGGCCCCUGUCUGCCAGCUACAGCAAAACUGCACAAGUGGGAGGUGGAUUUUCAGGACAAGAUGCAGAUAAAUCUGGGGUGACCAUGUUUGAUAUCCAGUGCCUCCUGGACAAGGAAGGUGCCUCAGAACUGGUCAUAGAUGUGAUAGUGAACACCAGAAAUGACAGGAUUUUCUCAGAAGGCAUUCUGCUCGGUAUUGCGCUGCUUGAGGGUGGAAAUACACAAACGCAGUAUUCGACUUACCAGCAACUGAAGGAGCAGAAAAAGUCAGAAAGGUUCUUUAAAGUGCUGUAUGAUCGCAUGAAAGCUGCUCAGCAGGAGAUCCGAUCCACAGUGACAGUGAACACUAUUGAUUUGGGGAGCAAAAAGAAGGAGGAUGACAGCGACCUCACCAUUUCUGUUCCCAAAAAGAGAGUUAAGGAUUCAACCCUGCAUCUGAAAGAGGGAAUGAAAGGACAGCUAACAGAAGCAUCUUCUGCCACCUCCAAGGCUUACUCUGUGUACAGAAGAGAAAUGGACCCAGAAAUAGAUCUGAUGGGCUCGGGAGCAGAUGCUGCAAAUGCAGAAGAGAAGUCUGCAGAAGAAGCAAUCAUGAGCCCUGCCAUUGCAAUCAUGCAGCCAAUACUGAGAUUUCUUCAGCUGCUCUGUGAGAACCACAACCGAGAGCUCCAGAAUUUUUUAAGACAUCAAAACAAUAAAACAAAUUACAACCUCGUUUGUGAGACCCUUCAGUUUUUGGACUGCAUCUGUGGGAGCACCACAGGUGGGCUGGGCUUGCUGGGGCUUUACAUCAACGAGAGGAACGUGGCUCUUGUCAACCAGACCCUGGAAAGCUUGACGGAAUAUUGCCAGGGCCCGUGCCAUGAAAACCAGACAUGCAUAGCCACCCAUGAGUCUAAUGGGAUUGAUAUUAUAAUUGCUCUCAUCUUGAAUGACAUAAACCCUCUUGGCAAAUACUGCAUGGACUUGGUGCUUCAGCUCAAGAACAAUGCCUCCAAGCUUUUGCUGGCUAUUAUGGAAAGCAGGCAAGACAGUGAGAAUGCGGAAAGAAUCCUUUUCAACAUGAGACCAAGAGAACUGGUGGAUGUGAUGAAGAAUGCCUACAACCAAGGUCUGGAAUGCGACCACGAGGAGGAGAAUGGAGAUGAUGGCAUCUCCCCAAAAGAUGUUGGCCAUAAUAUCUAUAUUUUGGCACAUCAGCUGGCUUGUCACAAUAAAACAUUGCAACAGAUGCUGAAGCCAGGGUCAGAUCCAGAUGAAGGAGAUGAAGCCUUGAGGUUUUAUGCCAAACAUACGGCACAGAUAGAGAUUGUUCGCCAUGAUAGAACAAUGGAGAAGAUUGUCUUUCCUGUCCCCAAUAUUUGUGAAUUCCUCACUCGGGAAUCCAAAAGUCGAGUGUUCAAUACAACAGAGAGAGAUGAACAAGGGAGCAAAGUCAAUGACUUUUUCCAGCAGACUGAAGAUCUGUACAACGAGAUGAAAUGGCAAAAGAAAAUCAGGAAUAAUCCAGCCCUGUUUUGGUUCUCCAGACACAUUUCUCUCUGGGGGAGCAUUUCCUUCAACCUUGCUGUGUUCAUCAAUUUAGCAGUUGCUCUGUUCUACCCUUUUGGAGAUGAUGGAGAUGAAGGCACGCUCUCACCGUUGUUCUCCGUGCUCCUCUGGAUAGCAGUGGCAUUUUGCACAGCAAUGCUGUUUUUCAUCUCCAAGCCUGUUGGCAUUCGACCCUUUUUGGUGUCUGUUAUUCUCAGGUCUAUCUAUACUAUAGGGCUCGGUCCUACCUUGAUACUCCUUGGUGCUGCUAAUCUGUGUAACAAAAUCGUGUUCCUGGUGAGCUUUGUUGGGAACCGUGGGACUUUCACCCGUGGCUACAGAGCAGUCAUCAUGGACAUGGCUUUUCUCUACCACGUGGCCUAUGUCCUGGUCUGCAUGCUGGGCCUCUGUGUGCACGAGUUCUUCUACAGCUUCCUGCUGUUUGAUCUGGUGUACAGGGAGGAGACAUUGCUAAAUGUGAUAAAAAGUGUUACCCGGAAUGGCCGCUCAAUUAUCCUCACUGCAGUGCUAGCACUCAUCCUGGUUUAUCUCUUCUCCAUCAUUGGCUUCCUCUUCCUGAAAGAUGACUUUAUCAUGGAGGUUGACAGGUUGAAAAUCAGGACCCCUGCUGCAGGUAUUGGUGAAGUUCCCACUACAACCCUGACAUCAAUGAUGGGAGCCUGUGCCAAAGAGAACUGUUCCACGAGCAUCCCAGCUCUUAACCCAGGUGAAGAAGAGGAGGAUGGAAUAGAAAGGACCUGUGACACCCUGCUGAUGUGCAUUGUGACCGUGUUAAACCAAGGCCUGCGGAAUGGUGGGGGUGUGGGAGACGUGCUCAGAAAGCCUUCCAAAGAUGAGCCUUUGUUUGCUGCACGAGUUGUUUAUGAUCUUCUGUUUUACUUCAUUGUCAUAAUUAUUGUUCUCAACCUGAUCUUUGGAGUCAUCAUUGAUACAUUUGCUGAUCUCAGGAGUGAAAAGCAGAAAAAGGAGGAGAUACUGAAGACCACCUGUUUCAUCUGUGGACUGGAGAGAGACAAAUUUGAUAACAAGACCGUUUCAUUUGAGGAGCACAUAAAGGCAGAACACAACAUGUGGCAUUAUUUGUAUUUUAUAGUUCUUGUCAAAGUUAAAGAUCCAACUGAAUACACUGGCCCGGAGAGCUAUGUGGCACAAAUGAUUGUGGAGAAGAAUUUGGACUGGUUCCCUCGGAUGAGAGCCAUGUCUCUGGUUAGCAACGAAGGUGACAGUGAGCAAAAUGAAAUCAGGAACCUGCAGGAGAGGCUGGAGUCAACCAUGAGCCUUGUAAAACAGCUUUCCAGUCAGCUGGCUGAGCUCAAGGAGCAGAUGACAGAACAAAGGAAGAAUAAGCAGAGGCUGGGCUUUCUUGGAUCAAACACACCCCAUGUGAAUCAUCACAUGCCACCACCCUGAUACCACGGGGAGAAGCCGUGACUAGCCUUUCAUCAGUAUUCCUGCUUUAUUAUAGAAUAAAAAAACUGAGAUUGAGAGGAGUGAACAGUGCCUAUUGUUACAAAGUUAAAAACAACCAAGUGCCAAGAUGUUAAGUGGUUUAGCUCUGGGAACAAUUUGUAGCUGUGUUUUUUUUUCAUGGUUGAGAGGGACCACAACCUAGAAUGUGAGCGAUACAAGGCGGCUCGUUUGUAUUUUCUGCCUGGCCCUGCUCUGCUCUGGGGCUGGCUGGGACAGAGGAUGGGACAGAGGAUGGGACAGAAGAUGGGACAGAGGAUGGGACAGAGGAUGGGACAGAGGCUGAGCCACAUCCUGGAGCCCCCCUCUCCCUGGAGCACUGGGAGAGCUGAGCUGAGCAGAAGAAGGAGAGGUGUUUAUUGAGGCAAACACGGCAGCCUGGCUCAGAAUCAAUAGGUCGUCCCUGGCUCACUUGCCAAAUAGCAACAUUAGUCAUAUUUGCUUGGCAUUUACUAUUUUUUAAUUACCGUAAAUAUGUCAGUCCGUAAGCGUGAUGUUGCUUCAAGUAACUUCUACUAGGAGGGAAAGGGGAGAAACCUCAGAAGGCUGGGGGAAGGAAGAAAAAAAAAAAGAGGAAAAAAAAGAGAAAAAAGAGUUGCAAAGAGAAACAUUAACGCUUUUGAAUUUUAGCUGUCACCAUGCAAUUUCUUAUUUAUAACAUGGAGCACAAUGGAUCUACAGCUGUGGGAAUGUUAUGCACAUAACACUGACAACAUAACUGGAAGUGAUUUCUUUCUCCUGGCUUCACAUGUUCUCUAUUAACGUGGUUGUGAGGUUUCACAUACUGAGGAGUUAAACUGUCUUUUAAAUUCAAGUUCCAAUGGAGGAUUCAGGGGGAAAAAAAAUUAUACCUGUAGUUUGAAGCAUGUAUGGGAUUUUAUUUUUUUAUAAAAAGCUCAGAAAUGUCUUUCUGUACAGAACUGUAAUGGUGUCAUUACCUUCCAUAAACUCAUCUUCAGCAAGAGUUGACUUGAGUAAAUAAACACCAUAUUCUGCCAGCUUUCCUCUGAGCUAAAGAUCGUGGGUUGAUGGUUUUGCCUGCCCUUCCUGCUUCCAGGGCUUUGCAGGGAAGCCUGCUGGGGAACAGGGGGGCAAUAUCAGAGAAGCUCCUUCCAGCUCUCAGCCCUGCUAAAGGCAGCAGCUAAGUCACCAGUGCAGGUUUCUGCUCCAACCUGCAUUUCUUGGGAUGGCUUGAAAGAAAAGUUACAGGGUUUCCACAGAGCCCUAAGGGACUCCUUUGUCUUUUAAGAAAAAAAAGUGAGAGGCACUAAUGGGAGUUGUGUUCUCAGCUCACUUUCAUUUUCAGUGGGUUUUGGUUACCAGACUGUCUCACAUUUGAAAAUGCACCUCUUGUUACAUGGAGUCACUUUAAAAACCAAAAUAUUUUUGCAACGAUUUGCCCCUGUCAAAUUUUCAUUUUGUUAAAAAAGCCAUUUUGAUUGAAGGAAAAAUAUUAUUGGUAUAAAAAUUUUCCAGUUUCUUCCUGGAGUAAUGCUGAUGUCCUGGAAAAAAGCACUAUUUAAACCAACAGGUCUAGAAUAAAAGGAAGGAAGGGGUAUUUCAGUCUCUUUAUCCCAAAUUCAAGUUCUUGAAGCUUUUUUUUUUUCUUUUUUCUUUUUUUUUUUUUUUUUGUGGCUGGGAUAAAAGUAAUCUAUUUUAGCAAUAUAUUUAUAUCUUCUACCACUAAAACAUCUCCUGUUGGUUUCAGUUGUGCCCUUCAAAACUAGUGUAGAAGUCAGAAGUUUGUGUGUUUCACUGGAAGAAAAUUUCUGUUGGCCUUUGUCCUGAGAACACCCUGGUUGUGAGAGGUGAUGGCCAAAGGAGUUGCCCACAAACACAAAGUCAGCAGUAAGUUGGUAGAGACUCAGAUCCUGUGUUAAUUCAAUUAUAUAUAUUAAUUCAAAUCAGUUCAUACAGUUAAUCAGAUCUACUCACAGCUUCUGCUGCAGCAGCAAUUUCCUCUUCCUCACACGUGUGGUUCUAAAACACAAAGCACAGUUCAAUUACUAGAUAAGUUAAACUCUCAUUAUUUAUUGUGGUUGGCUUAUACUGGAAUUGGUCGGCACUUUCCUUGUUUACACUCAGAAAAAGCAGCUGCACCUCUGCACAUCAGGGAGGCUGCUGCUGCUGGAGCUGGAUGAAUUUGAGGCUGGGUGGGUUUGUGCCCCGAGCUCAGGGCUGCAGUUGGGUGCUGCUGGUGCUCCCUCUGUCUCACACCCCAGAUCACAUCCCCUGGGGCUCAGGAGGGGGAUGCUCCUGCUCUUCAGAAGGGAGAGUUAGAGCAUCAAAACCAGAGAACAGAUGCUGGUUUGCCUUGGCCACGGUGACUCUCUGCUGUUCAUAGCUUCCCAGAGAGACCUCUGUAAUCAGUGACAGUAGGUGAUGCUACUUGCACAGACUGUAAAUAUAUUUCACUGACAAUUUCAACACCUUUGCUGUUUCUGUCAAAACUGAGGCCCUGCCCUGCUCUCAUCCAUGUGAGCAAUCUGUACACUCACACGUGGUAAGGCAAACAGGAGGCUCCUUGCAUGGACCCAAGACUUAAAGAUUGUGAAAUAUCCCCAUGAAUGAGUUUAUAACAAAAAUCAUUGUUUUAUACAUGUAUUUAUGUGUAUAUCUUUGUUUAAUGCAGCUGGGGUAACCUCUUCCUAGGCAAGUAUCAUUUACCUUACCUAUUUAUAUGAAAUGAUUGCAAAGAAGUUAAAACAUCUAAGAGCUUUUAAUGCCUUAGAGAGAUUUAUAAUUAUAAGCUCCUUGACAGUUAAAAAUCUACUUAAGUAAAUGUGUCCAUUGCUGCUGAAUGUAACUUUAAAUAAACUGUGUCAUUUUAUAUAGGUCUGUCUCAUUCUUGGUGCUAAAUUUGGGGGGAAAUGUGUGUUCUGGUUUGGGAAGAGCUGGCUGGGGGACCAUUCCUUUAGCCCUUGAUGGAUGGAGGCAAGGAAAGCAAGAAUUUGUUUUAUUUCAGGCACAGAUUGCUCCAUCCAGGAUGAUGGAUCCAGGAAUGCAGCUUUUCCAGGAGCAGUGGGUGUAGGAUGUGCUCGAGUGCAGGGUCCAGUGUUACAGGUGAGGAUGAGCAGGCUCAAAGAGCCUCAGGGUUUCUGCUGCUAACUAAU